AUGGCGACCGCUGCAAUCCAUAAUGUCUCGGAUGAGACUCUAACCAAGGAUCCUGUAUCCGUGUCGACCAAUCCAAUCGCCGUGGAUGAGCAGUCCUCCCAACCAGAUCAAACCACCGCCGAGUCCACCGAAGCGGAUACAGGCGCGGCUGAGAAGUCCAAGAAGAAGAAGAACAAAAAGAAGAACAAGAAGAAGAACAAGUCUGUCUCCGAUGCUGCCGUAGUAGAUGAGGCUGCAGCUGGUGAUGCUACAAAUGAAACUGUUGAGGAACCCGUAGUGGAAGAUGCCGCCAACACAACUGAAGAAACUCCCGCUGUAGAGGAAUCUGCCCCUGCAGCCACAGAAGAAGUUCCUGAGAAGACAGAGCCGGAGACACCCGCUGCUGAGGAAGAAUCUGUUCCUGAGCCCGUCACCGAAGAAUCCAAGCCCGAAGAAGCUCCAACGGAGCCUGUCACGGAAGAAAUCGCCCAGUCUGUUGUCGAAAGUGCUCCCACAACAAAUGGAGAGACUCACGACACCCCCGCCGAAACUCCUGCUCCUGAAGCUACCGAAGAAGUCGCCACUCCUGAGGUCGCCAAGGAUGAGCCCGCUACUGAGACUCCUGCUGUCGAAGAGACCCCGGUCGAGGCUGAAGUAAUCGAAUCAAUUGAGGAGCCCGAGGUCAAGGCUGAAGAGUCCACCCCUGAAGCUACUCAAGAUGAGCCUGUUGCAGAGGUCAAGGAGGAAUCUGCACCCGAGCCUGUUGUCGAGGAGUCUAAGCCUGCUGAUCCUGUUCCAGAGCCAGAGGCCGAGGAGCCAUCACAGGAGUCUACUGAGGUUGUCUCCGAAGCUGUUGCAGAGAUCGCCGAAGUAUCUACUGAGGCUACUGCUACUGAGACUGUGGAGGAGGUUUCUAAGGUCGAGGAGACUGCCCAGGAUGAGCCUACCGUCGAAAUCGCCGAGGAAUCCAAGCCUGAAGAGGCCGCUUCUGAGCCUGUUGCGGAGACCGCUGAGGAAUCUGCCGAGACUACUGCUACCGAAGCCACCGAGGAAGUUUCUAAGGUUGAGGAGACCGUGGUCGCCGAAUCUACCGAGGAAGCUGCUCAGGUCGAAGAGACUCCCGAGGAGCCCACUGUGGAAGCCGUUGUUGAGGAGUCGAAGCCUGAAGAGACCUCCGAGGCUGUUGCCGAGACCGUCGAAACAACAACCGAGACUGAGGUCGUCGAACCAACUGAGGAGGUUUCCAAGGUUGAAGAAGAGACCGCUCCCGAACCUGUUGCAGAUAUCGUCGAAACCACUGAGACCGUGGUCGCCGAACCUGCCGCUACCGAGGAGGUUUCUCAGGUCGAAGAGACUGAGCCUACAGUGGAAGCCGUUGAGGAAUCCAAGUCUGAAGAGACCGCUCCUGAGCCUGUUACUGAGACCGUCGAAACACCCGCCGAGGCUACAGCUGUCGAGGAAGUUUCCAAGGUUGAGGAGACUGUUAAGGAUGAGCCUGCUGUGGAAGCUGCUGAGGAACCCAAGGCUGAAGAGCCAACCCCAGAAGCCGCUCAGGAUGAGCCUGUUGCAGAGACCAAGGAAGAGUUCGCUCCCGAGCCUGUCGUCGAGGAGCCCAAGCUUGAAGAGUCUGCUCAAGAGCCAGAGACCGCCCCUGAGGCUGCCGCUGAGACUGUUGAAGUAGCCGCCGAGACCACAGCUGCGAAGCCCGUCGAAGAAGCUCAGCAGGUCGAAGAGACUCCCGAGGAGCCUACUGUGGAAGCCGUUGUUGAGGAGUCGAAGCCUGAAGAGACCUCCGAGGCUGUUACCGAGACUGUGGAAACAACAACCGAGACUGAGGCCGUCGAACCUACUGAGGAAGUUUCCAAGGUUGAAGAAGCCGAGACUUCUCAGGUUGAGGAGACCGUCAAGGAAGAGCCCGCUGUCGAAGUUGCGAAGGAAGCCAAGGUUGAGGAGGCCGCUUCUGAGCCAGUGGAGGAAGUCGCCCAAGAGACUACUACGGAAAGUGCCACCGAGCCUGCACCCGAAGCUACCACCGAAGUUGUCGAGACCCCUGAGCCAACUUCUGCUGCCGAGCCUGUCGAAGAAGCCGCCAAGGUCGAAGAGUCAACUCCAGAGGCUGCUGAAGAAGAGCCUGUUGCGGAAAUCACCAAGGAAGAAAUUGUGGAAGAGACCCCCGCUCAGGAGGAAUUGAACAUGGAAGCUGUUCCCGAGCCUGCAGCCGCUGAGGUUGAAGAGCCUGUUGAGGUUGCCCAAGAGGCCGCCGAGGAGGUGCCUGCUACGGAGGAAGUUUCUGAGCCAGUUGUUACUGAGCAGCCCGCCGAGGAGUCCGCCCCUGAGCCUACUGAGACCGUUCCCGAACAUGCCGUCGAAGAAAAGGCAGUCGAGGAAGAACAGAAGGUCAAGGAGCCAGUUGAGGCUGCCGCAGAACCGGUAACUGAAGAGUCUGCUGCCGAGGAGCCUGUUGCUGAGGCCGUGACCGAGCCGGAGACUACUGCAGAGGAACCCGUCAAGGAAGAACCUGCAUCUGAGGAACCUGCCGUUGCGGAGCCUUCUACCGAGGAGCCUGCUGCUGCUGAGGAGCCCGUCACCGAGGCUGUGGCCGAACCAGAGACCGCUGUUGAAGAGGCUGUUGUUGAGGAACCAGUUGUCGAGAAGGGGGCUGAGACCGAAACCACCACCGAAGAGCCUGUUCAGGAAGAGCCCGUCGUUGAGCACCCUGCUUCCGAGGAACCUGCUGUUGCAGAGCCUACUUCUACCGAGGAAACCCCUGCUGUUGAGGAGCCUGUUCCUGAGACUGUCGCCGAACCAGAGACUGCUUCCAAGGAGGUCACCAUCGAGGAACCCGUUGUUGAGGAAUCCGUUGCUGAAAAGGCGAUCGAGCCCGAAACCACUGCGGAGGAGCUAAUUCAAGAAGAGACAGUUGCCAAAGAGCCAAUUGCCACUGAGGAGCCUGCUAUCACCGAAGAGCCGGCUGCUCCUGUCUCCGAAGCACCUGUCGCUGUUGAGGAACCAGUCGCCGAGAAGGAAGCAGAGCCCGAAGCUACUAUUGAAGAGCCCGCCAGCGAAGAGACUCCUGUUGAACAGCCCGCCUCAGAGGAAGUCAAAGAAGUCCCUGCCGUCGAGCCUGUCGCCACCCCCGAGGUUUCUGAACCAGUUGAGGAGGCUCCUGUCCAAGAACCAGAGGUUGCCGAGCCCGUGGAGGAAGUGACCCCUGAAGCGCCUGUUGAGGAGACCCAACCCGAAGCUGUGACCGAGGCUGUGGCCGAGGUCCCUGUUGAGGAGUCUAAGGAAGUUUCCGAGGAGGUCGUUCCCGAAGCUGCUGAGGCCGUCGUUGAGACUGUUUCUGACGAAAUCCCAGCUGAGGAGAAGGCCAUUGGGGAGGCUCCUGUUGAGGAAUCUGCUCAGGAGGCUGUCCCCGAGCCCGCCACCGAAGAAUCCGUCGAGAUUCAGCACAAGGAGAUUGCCGAGGAGUCUACUGAAGCACCAGUCGAGACCCCUGCUCCUGUCGAUGCCGCUACCGAGGAUGCUCAACCCGAAGCUAUCGCCGAGCCAGUCGCUGAAAAGGAGGUUGAAGCUGAGCCUGAGGUUUCUGAGCCUACAGUCGAAGAAGAAGCCCCUGUCACAGCCGAGGAGACUCCCGCCCAAGAGCCAGAGGUUGCUGCUCCCGCUGAGGAGGUUGAAUUCCAGGCUGAGGAAGUUGAGAUUCCUGCUCAAGAGCCUGUGCUCGUUGAAGAGUCUGUUGUCGAAGAACCUGUCACUGAGACUGCUGCUGAGAUUGAGGCACCUUCUGCUGAAGAGCCGGUAGUUGAGGAGUCUGUUACUGAGCCUGUCCAGCCCGAGGAAUCUCCUAAGGAAGAGGCCAAGGUCGCUGUAGCUGAGCCCGCUCAAGAGGAGGUUAUUGCUGAGACUAAGCCAGAGGAGCCUGUUGAGGAAUCUCGUGAGGUGGAUCUUGCCACUGAGGCUGCCGUCGAGGAGUCAACACCUGAAGUUCCUGCGGUUGCUCCUGUUGCUGAAGAAGCUCCUGUCGUUGAGGAAGCUCCCGUUGUUGAAGAGACUCCCGUCGUCGAGGAAGCUCCCGUCGUCGAGGAAGCUCCUGCCGUGGAGGAGACUCCCGUCGUCGAGGAAGCUCCCGUUGUUGAAGAGACUCCCGUCGUCGAGGAAGCUCCCGUCGUCGAGGAAGCUCCCGUCGUCGAGGAAGCUCCCGUUGUGGAAGAGACUCCCGUCGUCGAGGAAGCUCCCGUUGUUGAAGAGACUCCCGUCGUCGAGGAAGCUCCCGUCGUCGAGGAAGCUCCCGUCGUCGAGGAAGCUCCUGCCGUGGAGGAGACUCCCGUCGUCGAGGAAGCUCCCGUCGUCGAGGAAGCUCCUGUCGUCGAGGAAGCUCCCGUUGUUGAAGAGACUCCCGUCGUCGAGGAAGCUCCUGUCGUCGAGGAAGCUCCCGUUGUUGAAGAGACUCCCGUCGUCGAGGAAGCUCCUGUCGUCGAGGAAGCUCCCGUGGUUGAAGAGACUCCCGUUCUCGAGGAAGCUCCUGUCGUCGAGGAAGCUCCCGUGGUUGAAGAGACUCCCGUCGUCGAGGAAGCUCCCGUGGUUGAAGAGACUCCCGUCGUUGAGGAAGCUCCUGUCGUCGAGGAAGCUCCCGUUGUUGAAGAGACUCCCGUCGUCGAGGAAGCUCCCGCCGUCGAGGAAGUCCCUGCUACUGAAGCUCCUGCCGUUGAGGAGACUCCAGUUGUUGAGGAAGCUCCCGUCGUUGAGGAAACAGCUGCUCCUGCUGUCUCUGAAGAGAAGGCUAUCAUUGAGCCUGAGCAGGAAACUCCCGCAGUCAUUGAGACCUUCGAGGUUGCCCAGGAAGAGCCUAUUGUCGAGGAGCCUAUCGUCCAGCAGGAAGCUGUCCCUGUCGAGGAGAACGUUGUUGCGGAAGAGUCUGCCAAGGCUGUUGAAGAGCAACCUGUUGUGUCUGAAGUUGCUGAGCAAGAACCUUUUGCUGAAUCUGAAACUUCUGCUCCUGUUGAACAAUCCAGCACUACUGACGAGACUGUUGUCGCCAAUGAAGGGUCUAUUGCAGAGUCUGCCACCUCUGAUGUGUAUGGUACUUUGCUUGCUGGUUUGCGUCCUCAAGAUGCUUGGACACCCAGCUCCGCCGCUCGCGAAGUUGCCACUGAAGAAGAAUCUAAGCAGAAAGACGAAGUGGCCGCUGAGGUCGAACAAGCUCCUCAAGAUGAGCCUGCUGAAGAAUCUACCAAGGAGACUUUGUUGACUCCCGAGGUUCUGACAGCCGGUGUGGCUGCUGCUGCCGCCGCUACAGGUGUUGCUGCCGUUGCUGCAGUGCACCGCUCUCACGAGGCUGCCGCAAAGGAGACCGAGAGAGAGCCUCCUGCUGCUGAAGCGCAGCCUGAAGACUGUAAGCCUUUGCUGCCGAUUCCUUCGCAUAACGCAUCUGUGCCGUCCUUCGAAGCUGAUCCAGUCCUCGCAGCACUCGCCGGUGAUGGUGAAGCUCUGCUCCACAAGCUUAACCAGCCAUCCACCGAUCAGUUGAUUGCGGCUACAAUUGCCCAACCCUCGACUGCCGAUGAUAAGAAGGCUCAGGCCGUUCCCGAGAUUCAACCCACAUCCGAGUCCAGCAAACAGCCUGAAGCCACCCCGAAUACUCUUGAACCCACCCCUGGAACCUCCGCCAACAUCGACGGAAAUGAAGAUGCUCGUCCUACGAGCCAGAGCCGGUCAGUGACUGCUCUUUCUAUGAACAAUGCACCUGACAAUUGGCUCAAGGCGCUCUUACACACGGUCUUUAAGAGCAUUGGACGGAUCCUUCGUCCUUGGUCCUGGGGCAAGCAAUAA